AGGAUCACCACAUUCACAUACGAAACCAUAGAAGAACAAAGGAAAGGCCACUAGUUGAAGAAAAUGGCCGACGUAGAGAUGGAUUUUCAAGGCGAGAGGUUGAAUAAUGGGAAAGAGGAUUUGGAAAGCCCUGGAAAGAGCGAGGAGGAGAACGGUGACAUGUCGGAAGAGGAAGAGGAGGAAGAGGACGAAGGGGAGGCACCAGCAGUAACAGCUGGGGGGGUUGAGGUAAACGGAGAGAAAUCAGAACAGGGGUCCAAGCAUCACAGCAGCAGUGGCAAACACAAGAAGAAGAAACACAAGCACCGCAGCAAGCACAAGAAGCAUAAGCAUGCUACAGAGGACGACAAGGAGAAGAAGCGCAAACACAGGCACAAGCACAAGAAACAUCGACGCAAAGAUGACGUGUCACCCUCCCCUGCUGCUGGGGCUACGGAAAAGGCUGAAGGCUCCCCAAGCUCGGUCAACCCCAACAUGGACGACCGAGCCGUGCUGGAAGACUUGGAGAAGCAGCGAGCACUUAUCAAAGCUGAGUUGGACAGCCAGAUGAUGGAGGGCAAAGUGCAGUCGGGCAUGGGCCUCAUCCUGCAGGGCUACAACUCCGGCUCGGAGGAGGACGGUGGAGGAGAGGGCAGGACUCGUAAUGGGGAGCAGCGACACAGGGUCAGCACAGGGAAAGCCCGCUCGCCCAAGGACCAGAGCAGCCGGUCCGGCAAGAGCCGGAGGGACUCGACCGAAGCCGGCAAACCAGGUUCCAAACGCCGCAGCAGAAGCAGAUCCAAAGAGAAGAGUGGUCGGGAUGCCAAAGUUGAGAAGACCACGGCAUCAGCGACGACGGUGACUAAGGGCACUAGUGGCAGUGACGCAAAUAAGGAACGUGGCAAGGAUCGCAGCGGCUCUAAAGACAGGAAGCGCUCACGAAGCCGGGACCGUUCCAAGGAUCGUCCCAAGAAGUCUCCAUCCCCUGCUGGACACAGACGUUCUCCCUCUGACAAACGAGCGGAGGGCAAAGGCCGCUCGGAAAGACGAUCGUCUCCCCGGCCAGAUGAGAGGCGACACCAGGCUGAGCCAAGCAGCAGCGGCCGCAGGUCGAGCUCGCGGGGCCGAAGAAGCCGAUCCAGAGAGGGGCGGCCAGGUCGCUCAGAAGCGGAGAGGGACCGAGAGAAGGACAAAAGGCCUGGCAAGUCCCCGUCCAAAGACACGUCGUCUGGGAAGGAGAACCGCUCGCCGCACCACAGGCGAGCUCCCAGCCCCCAGCACCUCCGCAGCGCCUCUCCACGCCACAGGGAUCGACCCCCACACCAGCCCCCAUCUGGGUCUGCUGACAGGGGCAAACCGAGCCACUCUCCCCCCAGAGCCAGGUCCCCACCCAGAAGAGGCAGAAGCCGGUCUCCAGAGGUCCGCAGGAGGGACUCCUCACCCGUCAGGAAACGUGGCCGGGCAGACGGCAUCGCAGGUAGAUCGCGUGACACCAGUCCUGUUCGACGACGAGGAAGCCGCUCCCCCUUGAGACGGAGGUCUCUGUCGCCACGACGACAGUCGCGCUUGUCUCCCCGCAGGCGGAGCAGGUCCCCUCUGAGGCGUGGCGAGCGAGACCGCUUUGGUCGGUUGCGAUACCGGCGGUCCAACUCUCGCGAUCGAGAGCGGAGGAGGCGGAGGAGCAGAGAUGAGGACAAGUUCAAGGGCAGCCUUUCAGAGGGCAUGAAGGCUGACCAGGAGUCAUCCUCAGAGGAAGUGUUGGAGGAUUACGAUGCAGAAGAGGAGGAUGAGGAAGCUUUGAUUGAGCAGAGACGACAACAGCGAUUAGCCAUUGUGCAGAAAUACAAGGCAGGGAACGAGGACAGCAACAUGGGCUCCAUGGCGUCAGAGCCCAGCAGCCCCCAGAGCAGCACGCGGAGUCGGUCGCCGUCGCCCGACGAUAUCCUGGAGCGCGUAGCAGCUGAUGUGAAGGAAUACGAACGCGAGAAUCUCGACACAUUCGAGGACAACAUCAAAGCCAAGCACAACCUCAUCGCUCAGGAGAAAGAUGGAUCCAACCCAAAGAAGCCAUCAGCUCCUGACAUGUUUACAGAGUCAGAUGACAUGUUUAAUGCAGACUUUGAUAGUGCCCGGCUGAGAGCAGCAGGCAUUGGCAAGGAUUUCAAAGAAAACCCCAACCUCAGGGACAACUGGACAGAUGCUGAAGGCUAUUACCGUGUGAACAUCGGUGAGAUGUUGGAUAAGCGGUAUGACGUGUACGGCUACACGGGCCAGGGGGUGUUCAGCAACGUGAUCCGGGCCAGAGACACGGCCCGCGCAGGCCAGGACGUGGCCAUCAAGAUCAUCCGCAACAACGAGCUCAUGCAUAAGACUGGAAUGAAGGAAUUGGAAUUCCUGAAGAAGCUGAAUGAUGCUGAUCCCGAUGACAAGUUCCACUGUCUCCGUCUGUUCCGACACUUUGACCACAAACAGCAUCUGUGUCUUGUCUUCGAGCCUCUCAGUAUGAACCUCCGUGAGGUGCUGAAAAAGUACGGGAAAGAUGUGGGGCUCCAUAUCAAGGCUGUCCGCUCCUACAGCCAGCAGCUCUUCCUGGCCCUGAAGCUCCUGAAGCGCUGCAACAUUCUCCAUGCCGACAUCAAACCAGACAACAUUCUGGUGAAUGAGUCGAAGACCAUUUUGAAACUCUGCGAUUUUGGGUCAGCGUCCCACGUAGCAGACAAUGACAUUACCCCUUACCUGGUCAGCAGGUUUUACAGAGCACCUGAAAUCAUCAUUGGGAAGCCAUAUGAUUAUGGCAUCGACAUGUGGUCAGUGGGCUGCACUCUGUACGAGCUCUACGCCGGCAAGAUCCUCUUCCCGGGCUCGUCAAACAACCACAUGAUCAAACUGGCCAUGGACGUCAAGGGCAAGAUGCCUAAUAAGAUGAUCCGGAAAGGAGUGUUCAAAGACCAACACUUUGACCAGAACUUGAACUUCUUGUACAUUGAAGUGGAUAAAGUGACCGAGAGGGAGAAGGUGACCGUCAUGAGCACCAUCAACCCCACAAAGGACCUGCUGGCAGACAUGGUCGGAGGUCAGAGGCUCCCCGAGGAGAUGAGGAAGAAGGUGAUGCAGCUGAAGGACCUGCUGGAUGGGACCAUCAUGCUGGACCCUGCCAAGCGCAUCACCAUCAACCAGGCCCUCCAGCACCCGUUCAUCCAGGAGAAGAUCUAAAGCUGCUGGUACCACCAGACACGGUUACACAGGAGACCAUACUGCUAUACUCCCCCCUUCAUCCGCCAGGCCGCCUCUUGACCUUUGACCUUACACCAGCAUUAUCAGGUCACAUCUGACCCAUCACACCUUAGCUAGGCACAGCGGGGACCUUCUGGAGAUGAUGCCUCCCGGGCCUACAGCUGACCUGAUUCAGAUGUUGGAGUGGUUGAAUGGUAUAAAACAAUCCAUAUGAAUGUUAUGUUGAUACAUCUGCACCAAGUCCAUAUAUUUCUCACUCUGUAGAGAGUAGAUACAUUACGGCUGGAUUACGUUAUACCAUUUUUUUCAAGAUGCUUCAGAUAUGUGUGGAUCAUCCUUUUGGGGUCAUCCAACCAAAUGGCAAUGAUCUGCCAUCCUUUUUUUUUUUUUUAAGAUCUUUCCGGAUUUGAUUUUCAUUAUGUUGCGCUAAAGUGAACGUAUUUUGAUUGUAAAUAUGUCACUGUAGGCUUUGCGUUUUCAGAUCAUUCAGGAAAGUUAUUUGUUCGGUUCACAGCAGCAAUGGUAAGAACACUGUUCUCAUGACACUUCCUAGCGACUGAUAAAUUGAAGAAUAUAAUGUCAAAUGGUGUAAGUGUACAGCUCAGACCAGGCUCAAUGGUUGUCGAUGUACUGUCAUAGUGGGGCCUGUGCCUCAAGAAGACUGACAGAACUUGGACAGAUGGCUCAUGUCACUGUUCACAGCACUCUCAGAGGUCUUUAAGUGGAGUUUCAGGGAUGUCAUGUCACUCCCACAGGAAAUCAUGAGGAGGUUCCAUGUUGCUUUCCCCUUACUUAAAGAUUCCUUUGGUUGGUAAAAACUUUGACAAAAGAUUUGGCCAGUACGCUUAGAGCACCCUGCUGUUGUGUUGGAGUCGGUAUAUGCUUCUGAAUUCUACACAGCUGGUGCUCCACCUUCAUUUAGAGAUCCAAACAUCACAUUUUUAUGGCAUCCAGAUCUGUGUACUCUUCUGAGCCCUGCCAUUGACUGACUGCCCGUGCUUUUUCGGGCAACAUUCUUGACCCCUGACCCCACCUAUGGGCAUCCUUGUCAAAGUGCCUCCUCCAUGACUUGUCUGUGUAAAAUGUAAAGCGAUUAAAAUGACAUCCCUAAGCCCCGCCCCAGCCCCCCACUAAGCCCCGCCCCAGCCCCCCCCCCCCCUUACACUUACGAUCACCAUAGUUUGCAUUACGUGUUGUAGAUAUUCCCACAGUUACCACUUUUCGUAAUGCAAGCCAUCAUUGUUUUUGUUUCUUAUAAAGGAAUAAAUGCCUUUUGUUUUCACUUUGGGAUUGAAACUCAUUAAUUGGGUUGUGAAGGACAUUGAAUGAAAUGAACACGUUGAGUGUACCAUUACUUUUAUUAAUAAAAAUGUUUCAUAUCUUU